UCUUUGUGACAAGCGCGUUGUCGAAAGCAGAGGCCCUCUAUGUAGGUAGGGUAGAUGCCAAGUGAGUGGAUCUAUUCGACCCUCCACCUAUUCAAACUCGGCAAAAUAAGUCUAGCUUCUUAACUAAAGUGAUUAGGUCAUUUGGUGGAUGACUUUUCAGGUCAGAUAGUAAGGGUAGUGUCUGCCAAAGAUUGAAAACCUGAUUUAGUCCACAGCGGGGCAGUUACAAUGAGUGUCAUCACCUUCUAAACAGUAAUGGCACAAACUCUCCUUCGACAGUCCAAAUCUCUUCAAGCUAUGAUUCAGAGCACAGUGACUUGCCAAAACAACAUGCAACAAAAAUUUGGAAAAGUUUUUGCCUGCCUUUGUGUAGCAGUACUCAUUCUGGGAGUUCUAAUCUCAGUUUCCGAUGCAGCUUAUAGAAGACCCCCAUUCAAUGGAUCCAUCUUUGGGAAGAGGACAGGAACAAGUAAUGAAUAUGAUAAUGCCGGUAAAGCUCUUUCAGCCAUGUGCGAAAUAGCAAAUGAAGCAUGUCAGUCAUGGUUCCCAACACAAGAAAAAUAAUUCCGAUAAUAUCGACCACUGCACUGGACUUGGCUUUGGAAACCUAAUGAGAGCUCUUCAAUUUUGUAAAAUUGUGUAGAAAAUAAAAACAUUUUCAUCUA